AUGGCUAUAAGAGAAAUCGCCCUCGUCAGGGCGAAUUACAAUGUCUUCAGAUCCUCCAGUGGAAUGCUGGAGGGAUGUCACAAGACAAAAGGAUCCAAGUACAGAAAAUCCUACAAACCUUUGGAAGCAAACAUUUCGGAUGACAAACGGAAGUACUACCAGUUCCCAGGUUACACCCUGUACCUUCUACCUAAAUACCGGCAAAUUGCAAGUGGAAUUCUAACUGGAGUAAAAGAAGGCCUCACCUCACACUACGAUCUAAUCAAGAGAGACUUCAACGCCCACUCCACCAGAUGGGGCUACAAGGGUACAAACAUAGCUGGAAAAGAAAUUGAAGACAUGCUAAACAGCAACCCUCUGGAACUUAUUUACAGCAAUGAGGAUCCGGCUACACAUUUGCACUACAAUGUAACCAGAACAACUCCUGACUUACUCCGGGUUUCAAGCGACAUCAGCGAGCAUACACGCCGCAAAAUAAUUGAAGAUCCUGGUUCUGGUUACAAACCAGUCAUUGCUAGUAUUAACAUCGGCAGAAAAGCAUGA